CGCAUGUUAUGCAAUGUAGUCUCAAAGGUUGUGUACAUUUGUCGGACUUCUCGUCUCGAGAACGAUUUAACGUGACAGUGAAUUCAGACAGUUCGCCAGUUUACAAGCUUCAGCCUGAGAGGAGAAUCUGCAAAGUCUGUCACCAUGAGCUCCUGACGUCUGUCUGUCUGUUCAUACAUCACUAUGAGUGGUGCCGCGCUGGCUGUCGUGGUCGUAGUUGUCUUCUUCUUGGCCCUCUGCCUCCUCCAGCGCUAUGGAGAUUUGCGGAAGCAGCAGCGGAUGGUCCUGUUCGGGACACUGCUCUCCUGGUACCUGUGCUUCCUCAUUGUCUUCAUCCUGCCACUCGAUGUCAGCACGACCAUCUACAAGCAGUGUGUUCAUGACAAUUCAAACCACCCUACUCCUGUAACUCGAGCAAGAGUCAGUAAUGAGGCCGAAGCCAGCUCGUCUUUUUAUCCAUCUGUGAGUGUACCAAAGGUGUGUGAGAAGCCUUGGAGUUACAUCCCAGAUGGUGUCCUACCAGUGUUUUGGAGAGUUGUAUACUGGACUUCCCAGUUUCUUACUUGGCUGCUGUUGCCCUUCAUGCAGUCUUAUGCGCGGUCAGGAGCUUUCUCCAGAGUUGGAAAGAUUAAAACAGCUCUAAUUGAAAAUGCAAUCUAUUAUGGCACCUACCUCCUUAUCUUCAUCUCUCUGGUCAUCUACGUGGCUGCACAUCCACAAUGGAAGUUCACAUGGAUGGAGCUCCAGACCAUCGGUAUUACAGCUGCCAACACCUGGGGCCUCUUCCUUCUGGUGCUGUUGCUAGGCUACGGCCUGGUGGAGAUCCCCCGUUCUUAUUGGCUCUCAUCUUCCCAUGGUUACUUGCUGGCCAAGACCUACUUCAAGGCAGCAAAAAUGGCUACUGAGAAGGCAGCAGCAGAGGAGAACCUAGCCGAUGUUAUGGAGGAGGUGGCAGCUGUCCAUGAAUCUGUGAAGUACAACCACCCUCUCAGGAAGUGUGUGGACACCAUUUUGACAAAGUGUCCCACUGAGUACCAAGAGGAGAUGGGAAGAAAUCUGGAAACCUCUUGUGAGGAACGGAAUAUCCUCCCCAGCAAAAGAGGACUAGUUACGCUUCAUAAAAAAGUAAUCACUGCAGUGCAGAGACAUGGUCAGACUCAGGUUCAGUGGUCUAUCUUGUUAGACCAGGCUUUUCAUCUGGAAGACGUAGCUAAAAGCCAGAGCAGCCCGAUCCGACACUUCGCCCACGGCUUCCCCUCAGCACAACACCACGGCUGGAUCAGUAGGUUCAUCUACACUCCCACUGUGGAGUGGUAUUGGGAGUGUGUGUUCAGGCAGGGUUUCUACAAGCUGCUGGCAGUGCUCCUGGGUCUCCUCUCUGCAGCAGUAGUCUGGUCCGAGUGCACCUUCUUCAGCACACACCCUGUCCUUUCUCUCUUUGCUGUCUUUAUUCAGAUGGCGGAAAAACAGUACAACUACAUUUGUAUUGAGAUGGCGUGCUUUAUCAGUAUCCUCUUCCUGUGCGUGUGCGUGUACUCCACAGUGUUCCAAAUACGAGUUUUCAACUACUAUCACCUGGUCCCACAUCACCAGACUGAUGCUUACAGCCUGCAGUUCAGCGGCAUGCUGUUUUGUCGUCUAACUCCUCCUUUGUGCCUCAACUUUCUGGGCCUGAUUCACAUGGACUCUGCCAUCUCACACCAGGACAGAAUACAGACAUCCUACACCUCUAUCAUGGGCUCUAUGCGUCUGCUAUCUUUCAUAUCAGAUGGGUUCUACAUCUAUUAUCCCAUGCUGGUUUUGCUGCUUUGCUUUGCCACUUUUUACAACCUGGGCUCUCGCUGUUUGAACCUCCUGGGCUUCCAUCAGUACAUCACUGACGAUGACUUGACCUCUGACCUGGUGGAUGAAGGCAAGGAACUCAUCAGAAGAGAGAGAAGGAAAAGACAGAAAGUUGAAGAUGGAGGAAAUCGAAGCUGGGCCUGGAGGGAGCGGUAUGGAGUCCAGGGGACCAGAGCUGGUUACACUGAGUUAAAGGAUAACCAAAACAGCCCUUUAACAGACAUCAAGAAAAGUGUUGUCAAAUUCACCAGAAGAGACAGAGAGACAGAGGAGCAGCAGACAGGCUUACUGCAAGACAACUCCAGUGAUGAAAGUUCACCAAACAGAAGUAGAACUACCGGAGGACGCUACCUGUCUCUGUCAGCUUCUAGGACGGACUUCUUUGAUGAUGUUUGAUAGACUGAGGACGUAAAGGGAAUGCAAAAAAACUAGUACAUGCUGGAAAUACUGUGAAGACCUAAAAUGUAUAUUUUCUUGAAAAAAACUCUAAAUGCACAGAAUGAUAUCUCAGGAAAUACAGAGGACGAGAACGUAUCUGAGAUGCAUAUUUUAUCAGGUAGCAGAUUAAACUGAAAACUCUAAUAAAGGCUUUUUAUGUCUCUGUAACUGCUUUAUACCAAGAGAUCAGUAACUGUAAAGGGAUGUUUCUCGACCAAAGCCUUAACGUGUUUGCAGUUGUGUUUCAUAAAGAGACAGAUGGAUGAAAUAGAUGUUGACACAGUUAUGCACAUGUAGUAACUUAUUGUAUAUGAAGAAAUUCAUUGUUGUCUGAAUGUUUAUACAUUUAAUUUAUGAAUUAUAUUGUCCACUGUACUUGAAACAAAAUGAAAACAGUUUACAUGUGCUCAAAGGGAAGAUACUUACAGCCUAAACAUGUUUCAUGUUAAAAGCUUUGUGUUUGUGGACUAUAUGUUGAUGAUAUUUGCUAAACAUGACUUGUAGGCAAUAUGAUCUGUAACCUGUUAGUUUCUGUAAGAGUUUGCAAUUGUGUGCCAACCCUGAUACUUUGCCCUUUCAUUUUAUUUUUUGUUGGAUUAUGAAUGAGUUACAAUGUUGUGCAUCAGUGCACAUGAUGCAAUGUCUCAUAAAGAUCCACAUCUUAAAAUGUUCAUUGUACUGUAAAAAGUAGUUGAAAUGAGUGUCUCUAAAGUAAAGAGGGUGCUCAUAAUU